AUGGCGCGCAAGUUCUUCGUUGGCGGCAACUUCAAGAUGAACGGGACAGUCUCGUCCAUCAAGGAGAUUGUCGACAACUUGAACAAAGCUCAGCUUGAUCCCAACGUUGAGGUCGUCAUAGCCCCGCCAGCCCUUUACCUCGUCUUCGUCCGCGAGCACGUAAAGAAGGAAAUCGGCGUUGCCGCGCAGAACGUCUUUGACAAGCCAAACGGUGCAUUCACCGGCGAGAUCUCGGUCCACCAACUGAAGGACAGUGGCAUCGACUGGGUUAUCCUCGGUCACUCUGAGCGACGCACUAUCCUAGCUGAGAGUGACGAAGUUGUUGCUUCAAAAACCAAGUAUGCUGUCGAGAAUGGCAUUAACGUCAUCUGGUGCUGUGGAGAGUCCCUAGAGCAGCGAGAAGCCGGCAAGACUCUGGAAGUCAUUGCUGCCCAGUUAGCUGCAUUAAGGUCACGGGUAUCGGAUUGGAGCAGGAUCGUCAUUGCCUAUGAGCCUAUCUGGGCCAUCGGUACCGGCAAGGUCGCUACAACAGAGCAGGCUCAGGAGGUACAUGCGUCUAUCCGUGCUUGGCUAGCGAAGGAGGUAAGCCAAAAGGUUGCCGACGAAACCAGAAUUCUAUACGGCGGUAGUGUCAGCGAGAAGAACUGUAAAGAUCUCAGUAAGGAGAAGGACAUCGACGGCUUCCUCGUCGGUGGUGCCAGCCUUAAGCCCGCAUUUGUGGACAUCAUCAACAGCCGGGCUUAA